ACCCAGAAUGGAAAUGGCACCUCACAUUUUUAACAGACAUGACAGAAAUGCUGAACAGCUUUAACUUGCAGCUACAAGGCCAGGGGAAGCUCAUUUGUGAAAUGUAUUCCCACAUAAAAGCAUUUGAGGUGAAACUAGAGCUGCUUUUGGGACAAGAGAAAAAGCACAGCUUCAUCCAUCUCCCUGCUACACAAAACCUCUCUGCAGAGAACCCAGCGGUCYCGUUUCCAGCUGAAAAGUGGGUGGAAGCACUGGAAAUGCUGAAGGCGCAGUUCGGUGUGCGAUUCCGUGAACUACAUGUUUAUGCAAAAGAAUUCCGUCUUUUCCAGAAGCCCUUUGUUGCUAACACUGAUGAAGCCCCGCCUUCUUAUCAGUUUGAGUUGGCUGAGUAUGAUGUUCUGAAAGACGCGUUCAAGCCCAACAGUCUCAUUGACUUCUAUGCCGCCCUCCCAAACGACACGUACCCUAACAUCAGAAAACACGCAAUGAAGAUGUCCACACUUUUUGGCAGCACGAAUAUCUGCGAGCAAACCUUUUCACGCUKGAAGCUGCUGAAAACUCCAAUGAGAUCAAGAUUGACAGAUGAACAUYUGCAUCAGUGUUUGAGASUGGCAGUGACUAGAAUGGAACCUGACAUUCGACUUCUCACCAGCCAGAUGCAGGCCCAAAGUUCACACUGAUGAACAUACAAAGGUAAGCUCACUUUUCUGACUUGAAUGAGUCAUUCUGACUAUAAAAAUAUAAUCAUAAUAAAAUCUACUGGGAUAAAAUCCAUCUCCACAACCAUACUGGUAGUGGUACAGGUUGUGCUGUGUAGGUGCUGUAUCACUUAAUUCAGUUUCUCAGCCUGCUUGCUUUGUGAUUUUCACAGGGAAGUUGAUGAGAGAGARAGAGCUGCAAACAGCAAUGUCUACAAGCCUGCUGGAACCUACGAAAGGAUUAUAAGGAAGGAACACUUUGAGAGCCUGCUCAUAUGAGCCAUUUAAGUAAGAGAUUCUGCUCUGACAACUAAGCUGAACUUGGACCUGUUAAGAUUGUGCACGGCACAACAGAAAGUUUAUGUUAAAUGGAC